AUGCUCCUCGCCGGCUCCUCCGUCGCACUGGGGGGGAUCUGCAUCGAGCGGUCCCUCAAACGAGCAAACUGCUUCUUCGUCCGCAACGCGCAGCUCGCCGCACACAGUUUCCUCUUCGCCCUGCUCUCGUUCCUGUGGAAGUGCAGGACAGAUGUUGCCCGCUUCUUUGACGGGUAUACUGUCCUGGCUUGGGCGUUUGUCGUUCUGCAGGCCUCCGGCGGCUUCCUGGUGGCGUGGUGCGUGCAGGUUACCAGUUCCGUGACGAAGAACUAUGCGCAGGGGCUGGGGUUCGCGCUGGCGGUUGUGGGGCCGCUGGUUAUGGCGCGGGGGGAUAUUGAUCGUCAGCUUUUUGUGGGGGUUGUGCUUGUGCUGGGUGCGGUUGUCGGGUCUGCGUUGGUGGGUCAGAGUACGAGGGUGACCGGCCUGGCGGAGAAGAGGGUGAAAAGUGUGGUGUGA